AUGGCGAUUUCUGCAUUAGUCUCAGUCUCUCCUUUCACUCUCGCUUCCUCAUCCAGCAAAACCCUUCUCCUAACUUCAAUACCCAGUCGGGUUUUUUCAUCUUCGAUUUCUCCAAAAUUGAAGCAAAAUCGUUUUACAGAGAGUCAAAGUUCCAGUCUUCUCCACCCAUUACCCCGUAAUUCCACCAGACUCUGUUCUUCUCCAGAUGGGUUUCUCAGAAAAACCGAAGAAGGAGAAGAAGAAAUCGUCCGGCUAAUUCCGUCUAUCGGCGUAAACCCAUUGAAAUUCGCGAUAUGCGUUGUGUUCUGGGCUUCUUGCUCUUUGCUUUGGUUUGCUAGGUCCGGCGAUGCGAAAGCGGCGGCCGAUUCCAUCAAAUCAUCGAGCGUUGGUCUCAGAAUCGCCGCCACUCUCCGCCGCUUCGGUUGGCCAGACGAAGCUGUGGUGUUUGCUUUAGCCACACUUCCGGUUAUUGAGCUCCGUGGUGCUAUUCCCGUCGGUUAUUGGAUGCAGCUUAAACCCACGGUUCUCACAUUCUUCUCUGUUCUUGGCAAUAUGGUUCCGGUUCCAUUCAUCAUACUUUACCUCGAAAAGUUUGCAUCUUUCGUGGCGGGGAAGAGCCAAACGGCAUCUAAACUACUCGAGAUCUUAUUCAAAAGAGCGAAAGAGAAGGCUGGACCAGUGGAAGAGUUCCAGUGGCUAGGGCUGAUGCUCUUUGUAGCUGUUCCCUUCCCUGGAACCGGUGCUUGGACAGGAGCUAUAAUAGCAUCGAUCCUCGACAUGCCGUUUUGGUCUGCUGUUUCCUCUAAUUUCUGCGGCGUGGUGUUGGCUGGACUUUUGGUGAACUUGCUGGUGAAUCUUGGUUUGAAACAAGCCAUUGCGGCUGGUGUUGCUCUCUUCUUUGUGUCUACAGUUAUGUGGAGUGUUCUUAGAAACAUUAAAAAAUCUAUAAGACCAUCUUUGCCUUGA